AUGAUCCGUACGUCUCCAUCUCGUGACAAUCACAACGAAUGGGAAAGCGCUGCUGCUACUGCUGCUUCUACUGACAAUCCAAUCUCUUUACAAGUUUCUAACGACGUGGACGACACAGCGCGUGCGUUACAAGAUCUUCCGAUUCUACACUCCCCGCCUUCACUUUCUGACAAUGGUGGCAAUUAUUUGCAGCAAUGUAAUGGUUGUUCACCUCUUGGAACAGCAACUGCCAGUGCUCAUGGACCUUUGGAUCCCGUCCUCGUAGCAGGACUAGAAAAUGCUCGUGAGAGAAUGACGUUGCUCAAAUUUGAAGAUCAAAUUCGUUGUGGACUAGAACACCAGACGGCUGACUAUAACCCGUUCGAGAAUAGCUCGGCUCGAGUCGUGACACUGUUCAAGACAACGCAGUCGGCGAUACCUCGUAUUUUACUCAUUGAUCUGUCACCGGAUCGGCAGACACCGACAGUGACGCCGGCAUCUGCUCCAAGGAUUAUGAUGCGAAGACGAAGUGCAUCAAGGCCCGGGGCUAAUGGUGGUCGUGGUAACGGUGGCGACAAAGCCACACCUUCUUUACAAGAUCGAGAACGAGCUUAUGCUGAAGCACGAGCAAGAAUCUUUGGUGAAGAUAACGGUAAUACGGCAGAGACAGGAUCAUCGUCAUCUCUGUGUUUGAAUCCUUCGUCGAUGCAUGAAGGCACUGAAAGUGUCGUCAGUACUGAAAUUAAUAACGGUCCCAGACAUGAAAGUCGACAAGCAAAUGGACCGGACGAUAGCAAAGGUUUUGGUCGAGGAGGUGCCUUUUCGUGUGGAAAUAGUGGAUCUCAGAUACAAGAUCCUCGCGUGCCGAAGGAACGCCUAAGCGCUAACGAAAGUAAUGAAUUCUUUCGAGCUUCUCAACCGAGUGCACCGAAUGCAGCAAGCUGGAAAGAAAGUAAAGUAUUAUGGCGGAAUCGCGAGCAAGAAAUGAAUGACCCGGACUUCACUCGCAACCACGAUGCGUUCCGUCCUCGUUCUAGUUGUGGGAUAUCUAGUGGAUGUGGCAGUGGAGGUGAGUCGCCAUACCAUGGCAACCGCUUUGGUAGUGGCAUGCGAUUUGGACACGCUGACUUCCACGACAGAUCCUAUAAUCGGUCCUUUGGCUUACAGCAGCAACAGAUGGGCGGUGCACCGCUCCCACACCCUCCUCCGCUGCCCAUGUCCAUGGUCUCGCCGGGACGCGGCCGACAUCACGUUGGCGAACCCGACUACAACAAUAGAGUAGAUACCAACCUUUUCCAGAGGUCCCCGCACCAGCAAUACCAUGCGCAACAGCAAUUCCAGCAACAUCAGCUGAUCCCACCACCGUCCAUGGGAAUGGACCGCGGUGGGUACGGGUACCCUUCACCCCAAGGCCGCCCGUUUGCAAGGCAGGGAAACUGGAUACCGCCCCAUGUCAGCACAAGCGCAGUGGGCAGCAGCGGGUUCAUCGAAGACGAUUUCCCUCCGCUUGGCAAGUAA